CCGCCAAAAAAAGACGGUCUGUGACCGGCUUAACAUGACGCUUAUGUCAUUUUGACAUUCAGCCAUUUCCAACUAACCUUCGUCCGUUGUUUUUCUGGACGUUCCAGAACUUCAAGCAGUUUAUCGCCGUAAUACGUAAUAUUUGUCCAUUAUUUACAAAGAUUUGGCCAAAAUAGUGGAUUUUUAAACUGUGGAAUAGUUAAUUUGCUAUUGUAAAAUGGAGAAUUUCGAGGAUCCCAACCUUGUAUUACCACACAUAAACCCUACGUUUCUACCAACAAUGCAUCACAAUACAAAUUCCAGUGCCAAUGUGCAAAGGCGAUAUAUUUAUGUGAACCAACAUAUGGUUCAACAGCAACAAGCUUCAAAGGUAUUAGUAAAUCCUAAACCACAAUGUUUGAUAAACCCAAACUCAAAAGUGCUGAUCAACCCUCAUUUUGCUGCAAAAGUUUAUGUUAAUCCAAACUUCCAAAGUACUGCAGCAGGUACAGAUGCUAGUAAUACAAAUAUUCAUGUCAACCCUAAUGUUCUGAGAAAUAUACCAGUUUCUACCCAUAAAGAUACUCAAAUAGAUGUUAGUACUAGCUUGAAAAGUUCUGAUAAGACUAAAGAGUUAUUAGAAACAACUAAUACUGUUAGUGCCAUCAAAGCUCAGAUAUCAAAACUAAAAAACGAGAGUAUCAAAUCUUCAAACUUGUUGCUUAGAAUAAAUAGACAGAUGAUUCUACAAAAAAACAUUGAGAAUAUGAAAGAAACGAGGGAUUACCAGAACUUAAAUAAUGACAAACUGAGGAAAAGUAAAAGCAUCUAUUCAAUCAGAAACAUUCCAAUGCCAACACAAAAUGAGCCUUUGGCAUCAGGUUCUAAAGAUACUUCAUUUAAGGGGAGAAAAGCUUCUAGGACAAAACUUAUUUGUACUCCAGUUAAACAAUUUACUCCAAAGAUACGUAGGUUGUCUGUUAAAUCGCAAUUUAAGAUUGUGAAGUCAACAAUUAGGAAUAAGGCAACCAAGAAGUCUUUAAGCUGCACAAAUAUGAAUGUGUUCUCAACAACCAAACACAAACUAAUUAAAUUCAAAAAUAAUGAUAUAAGCAGAUUGAAUAUCACAAACAACAAAUUCAAGUUGGAUAACAGACAAAGAAAGUCUUCCAUAACUUCACCAAAGGUAAAGAAGUUCAUUUAUAUAAAUCAGUUCACAACAGCCAAGGAGUUAGCAAGUGUAAUACCAUCAAAAGGAGCUAGCAAAAAUUUAUCAUUGGUCAAUAUACAAGGGGUUCUUUAUAAAAAGUCUUGUCAUUCUUUGCAAAGAGCUAAUGGUUCUAUAUACAAAGUCAGGAAGAGUCCAUUGAAGAGACAAUCAUUAAAUUCAAAGUACAAAUUUGUUAAAAGAUCACCAAGUGGCAAGGCUUUGGAGAAUAGAAAUAGCAGUAAUAUUUUGGUGAAGCAAUCAGGUAUUAGUGGAGGAAAAAGAAAAAUGAAUGAUAAACUAAGAAAAUGCAACAUACCCUGUCCAUUUUAUAGAAAAAUUGGAAGAUGCAAAGGGAAAGAUAAUGGCAAGUGCUUUAGAAAACAUGAUCCUGAUCAGAUAGCUUUAUGCACAAAGUUUUUACAAGGAGCUUGUGUCAAUCCAAAAUGUCUUCUUUCACACAAUGUAUCUCCAGAGAAGAUGCCUACUUGCAAAUUCUAUCUAGAAGGAAUUUGUUCCAAAGAUAAUUGUCCCUAUAUACAUGUGCGUUUGAGCCCAAAAGCUGAUAUUUGCAGAGAUUUUUUGGAAGGGUUUUGUAAAAUAGGGAUUAAGGUAAUGAGGAAUUUUUUAGCUCUCAUGUGAACAUUAGGGAGGUUUGACAAACUUCUGACUUCUUAUCUGGCUAUGAGCUGCAGAUAUCAUAUAUAUGAGUAAGAUGCUAGAUAGACAUAACUAAAGAUUAUGAAACUUGGUAUCUUUCACAAGUCUUAAUGACAUAACAACUUGCUUAAUGACAUAUUCACAACAUAAUAUUGAGUUAUUAAAAAAAACUGCCACCUCAUAAAACAAAAAGUAAUGCAAUGUCUACAUGUGGAAAUGUAGGGUUUUAAUUUGAAAGGUCACUGUUAUAGUCCGGCAAUGUUGGAAUGCUCAUGUAUUUCUCUUAAUUGCAUGAUUCUGGAAUAUCACAUUGAAUCUAUAUUUACCUAUCAGAAGAAGGGUUAUGGUUUUUCUGUGUGGAUAUGUGUGCAUUUGGUCAAAAAAUCCUAUUUCAAGAACUACAGACCAAAUGAGGAAAUGGAGUUUGACAAAUGAGGUGUUGUUGGAUUUAUCUCAUUAGUAAGAGGGUAAAUCAGAUUUUAAAAAUUGAAAAUGGCAGAUUUUAUAAAAAAAAUGUUAACCUUUAAAUUCCUAUUUUAUGGGCUACAGCUUAAAUACUUGAUGGAUUUUGACAUAUCUCUACAGUAUAUUCAUAUAAGAGAUAGACCGGACAUAAACAAGAACACGUGAUCAUCGAACACUGUAACAUUCGGCAGGGACGUAUUAAGAGUCACGCAGU